CUCCCCCUGGCUGCCAUGGUCCCUCCCUCUGUUUCUGACACACACACACUCCCUGUGUAUCUCUCUCUCACACACUGUCUCUGUCAUCUCCACCUCCCCCUCUUGCUCUCUCCCUCACACACACAGUGUUGUCACUGCCUCGGCUUCAGAAGCCUUCGACCCCCACCCUCGCCCUCACUUCUGCCGGACCCUAGAGCACAUUCCGAGCGGCUAAGAUCUGAACACGAUUUUGCAAAAUAGUUUUCGGAUUUUAUUUUGGAAAUGGAUUAGCAUCUGAACUCACUGCGUUCUGACUGUAGAACACGUGGAUUCAGGGGAUGCAACAUGACCUCUGCUGCUGUAGAUGGUGGUGGAUCGGUGGGGGACUUUGUCAGCAACGGAGUGGAAAAAUUGGAACAGGAAGAAGUACAAAUAACUGAAUACCCUGCUGUGAUAGUGGAGCCAGUUCCUAGUGCCCGACUGGAACAGGGUUAUGCAGCCCAGGUUCUGGUGUAUGAUGAUGAGACCUUCAUGAUGCAGGAUGUUGCAGAAGAGCACGAGGUGGAGACAGAAUCUGUGGAAAUAGUGGAAGCGUCCGUUCAUGGCAGCAAUGUUCACUGCACGGAUAAGACUAUUGAGGCUGCGGAAGCACUGCUACACAUGGAAUCUCCUACUAUCUUGCGAGAUACCAGGAGCCCUGUGGAAGUCUAUGUUCCCCCGUGUGUCUCCACUCCUGAAUUUAUUCAUGCAGCUAUGAGGCCGGAUGUAAUUACUGAAACAGUCGUGGAAGUUUCCACUGAAGAUUCAGAACCAAUGGACUCUACGUCUAUCCCAAUAUCUAUUGAACUUGGAGAACCAAUGAAGAAAAAAAAAGCUGGCCGCAAACCAAAAAUGCAACAGCCUGCUUUUUCAAAUGGAUCUCCAGAACUGGGAAUCAAGAAGAAGCAAAGGGAAGGCAAAGGCAAUACCACCUACUUGUGGGAGUUCUUGUUGGACCUGCUGCAAGAUAAGAACACCUGUCCACGUUACAUUAAGUGGACUCAGAGAGAGAAGGGGAUCUUCAAGCUGGUGGAUUCAAAGGCCGUUUCCAGAUUGUGGGGAAAGCAUAAGAACAAGCCAGAUAUGAACUAUGAAACCAUGGGUCGAGCUUUAAGGUACUACUACCAGAGAGGGAUCCUUGCAAAAGUUGAAGGUCAAAGGUUGGUCUAUCAAUUUAAAGAGAUGCCCAAGAACAUUGUGGUAAUAGAAGAUGACAAAGCCGAGUCCUGCAGUGAAGAGAUGGUGUCUCCCAUAGAUGACAAAUCAUUGGAGAGAGUCUCUAUCCCCACCGAAGGCAUUAUGAAAAUGGCAAUGCCAGCCAGACUAGAGAAGAGCCCAACCCAGCAGAGUUCUAACAGGAAAGCGAGACUAGUUAGCUUGUCCUCUCCUGUCAGUGAGGCUUCACCUCAUUCACCCACCAGCAACACGCCAACAGCAACGCAGAGGACUGUCCGUGUGGCCAUGCAAGUUCCUGUAGUAAUGACGUCUUUGGGGCAGAAGAUCUCCACUUUGGCUGUCCAGUCAGUGAAUCCAGGUUCUCCUCUGAUUGCGAAUAGCAGCCCAACAACAGCAUCAGCUCCAAAAGUUGUCAUCCAGACAAUCCCUACAAUGUUACCAGCAUCGUCUGAAAGUGGAGACAAAUUCACCAUGCAGCCUGCCAAAAUAAUCACUAUUCCAACUUCCCAACUCACGCAGUGUCAUUUGCAGACAAAGCCUGGAUUGAGUGGGCCUGGGGCUCUUAAUCUUGUUGGAACCCCACUGACUGUGAGAGCACUUACCCCUGUUUCAAUAGCUCAUGGGACUCCAGUUCUGAGGUUGGCAAUGCCAGCACAGCAAGCAAGGUGUCAGACUCCCCCGAGGCUCAUCAGCACCCUAAUCAAAGGACCUGAAGUCAAAUCAGAUAUGCUAGUGGGCAGGCAGGAGGGAGAGCUAAAAACAUUUCAGUUGGUUACAGAUGAAAAAUCCGCAGACGGGGGCCAAACAGUUACCCAUGUUGUUGUUGUCAGCACCCCCUCUGCAAUCAACUUCCCUGUUAAUGUCAAACAAGAGACAAGUGUCAUAUGUGAAAAGUGACAAAGCAUCACUGCGCCACUAAAAUUCUGGCUUAAACUGACAUUUAAAAAAUCAACCGCUGAUAAAACGAAACUUCUGGACAGAAAGAAGCGAUAAAGUCCUCGGAGACUUUAAACAAAGACAAUAUAAAUAUACGGAUUCUAAAAAGAAAAACUCGAUUCUGUUCCCAUGUUUUCAGUGGGAACUGUUCAUGUCACGUCAACGUUCCUAAUGCAUCAGAGGGGGAAAAAAAGGGACCAAAGUCAUUGUUCAUAUCUAUUUUUUUCCCAUUUUUUUCGGUUUUUUUGUUACACUAAAUAUAAAGUGGAACACUAAAUAACAUUAUGCCAGAACCACAGCAAUUGUAAAUGGUAAGAAAUCUGUUCUACUGUGUGCAAACAGCUCUCCCUUUAUCGGUGCUAUGCAGAAAAAAAACUGCUAAAAAGAAGUAUUUUAGACAUGAACUGUAACAAUACGCACGCAGGGAAAUAACGGUUGUGGAGUUCUGAAAUGCAAGUGCAAAAUAAUCCGGGACGACAGAAACCGAUUUCAUAUUAAAGCCUUAGACUCGUUCUUAGUUUUAUUUUCCGUAAAAAAAAUAAGCUAACCGCUUGUUUAUGUAAAGCAAUUUUUUAUACAUAUUAAGAAAAAUGUAAAAAGGAAAAAAAAAAACAUUGUACCUAGCACAGUAUUGUUAUAGAAUUAAUUACACGUAACCUAUUUUAUACGGUAGUUAAAAGUAUGAUUUAUUUUUUGUCGUUCAUUUUUGUUAUAUCGCAGUCUGUUUUGGGAAGGCCUGGGAAGCAUUUUGAGCACCAUUUUGGUGCGACAACAGGUCAAAGGAGCCUUUAAAUGUAACAUGCUUUUUUUUCUUGUUGUUUUUUUUGCCAGGAUCCCUUGCAUACAUUUCAGUUUUUUGCUUUAAAAGGUCACCACAAAGCAUGUGUCCAUUUAUUGGUUAUAAAGUUUGAAGCCUGCUAUUUUUUUAGUUGAAGUUCUGAAGGCGGGUCGCUUAGGGGGAGAAAUACCAGUGUUCAGAAUGGACUCAAAUAGUUUGUAUAUUCAACAUUUGAAGUAUAUUCUAUUUUGUUGUACUCUUGUUUCAAAGUGUAUUCGAGUAGAUUUUACUGCAAUAUAGAAAAUUAAUUUGA